AUGCGCAGCCCGACGGACCGGCCCCGCUCCGACACGGAGCUGCUGCAUCCCGGGCUGCUGCUGGGCAGGCGCAGAGCCCGGCCCAGCCCCAGCGGCGCCGRGCCCUCCUCCUCCUCCUCCUCCCGCCGCCAGGACGCUGUUCUCAACGCCUGUUACCGGGGCUGCCGGCUGUUCUCCAUCUGUCACUUCGUGGACGCCGGCGCCGGGCUCGACGCCACCAGAGCCCAGUGCGAAGCAGCCUGUGCCGAAGCCUACGGCGGAGCUGAGGAGCAGCGCGGCUGCGCCAGCGGCUGCCGCCGGCAGCAGCUCCCGGCGGAGAGCGGCCCGGAGCAGGGCCGGGAGCCGGCGCCGGCGCCGCUCUCCGUGCUCGACCUGCUCUCCACCUUGUGCUCCGGCAUCGUCAGCUCUGCCCAGAGCUUCAUCUCCUCCACAUGGACCUUCUCCCUGCAGGCGGAUGACGGCAAAGUGGUGGUUUUCCAGUCACAGCCGGAGCUGGAGUCCCCUGUGCCGGAGCGAACGGAGCGGCCGCGGCCGGGCCCCGGCUCCGGGCAGAGGGUCCCAGAGGCGCCGGAGCCGGGGGGCCGCGCGGAGCCCCCGCCGCCCGGGCACGACCUCCUCGGCUGCAUGUCCAGGCGCUCGGGCCUUCCUCGCUGGAUCCUGGCCRCCGGCCUCCUCCUCUCCGUCGCGGCCAUGCUGUGGCUGAGCUGCGCCAGCCUCGUCACCGCCCCCGAGCACCGCGUCCGCACACAGCCGCYGGGCACCAAGGAGGGGCCGUCGGGGGCCGCGGUGCCGCCCGUGCUGGCCGUCACGCUGCACCCCGCGGCCCCCGCGCACGGCGGCCCCCCGCUCCGCCCGGACAAGACGCUGCUCUAG